AUGGAUUACGAGGAAGAAAUUGAUCCUUAUAACAUUACUUCUUUAAUGACUAUAUCGCAAUAUCGAGUUCAUCAAGGCCGUUUUCCCACUGAAGCUACGGAAGAACUUGAUACACAUAUGGAAGAAAUUUCGGAGGAGUUAGCUGAAGAUUCAGCAACUGGUAGAAAAUAUCAGGUUUACUCUGACAAACAGAAAGUAGUUUUCUACUAUUUUAACAGAAUCAAGCUGUGGAAAGCUGUUGCUUCUGGUCGAAAUGCUCAAGUUGAAGCCCGUACUGCUCGAAAAAAGCCAUCGCAACCCCAAGAGGAGCACAAGCAUCACUUAAUUCAGUUUUUCGACGAGCAUCCUCAAGCGACCAGACGGGAUUCAGUGGAAAGUUUGACAAGACAGUUUGAGAAUUUUAGCUUGAAAGAAACUUCUGCUGGAAACUCUAUUUUCUAUGAGUGUAAUUUGACUGUUAAAAGGACUACUUUGCACCAUGUAGCAAGAAAUAACGCCGAAAAUAUAGAAAAGCGCUACGUUUGGGCUAAGAAAUGGGCGGAAAGUUCAGAUAUGAACUAUCUUAAAAGCUGCGUCUCCGUUGAUGAAGCUGGUUUUAAUAUUAACAUGAGAAGCCCUAAUGCUCGUUCAGUCAAGGGUACACCAACAAUAGUCGAAACACCAGCUACUCGUGCCAUUGCACACACUAUUUUAGGAGCUAUCACAACUCAAGAUAAGCCUGUAGUAAAGCCUUCAAGAAAGGGUAAUGUCACAGAGGACUAUGCAAGAUUUAUAUCAAAGAUACUCGAUGAGAUGGACAAGUUUCCUGAAAUGAGAAAUUUCUACAUUGUUAUGGAUAAUGCGCCGAUUCAUACCUCGGAUAAUAUUACAGGUUUAAUCGAAAAAAAAGAGGAUAUAGAGCUUUAUACCCCCUCCCCCAAUUCCACUAUUUGA